AUGGCGAAGUCGUGUUCCGUGGCGAUGAUGGUGAUCUGCGCCGCCACCGUACUGGUGGCGAUGAGUCGGUGCCCGACAGCGGCAGGCGGAGGGGACCACCUCUUAGGAAUGGGAUGGGCUCCCACGUGCAGGGGGUCCAUCGCGGAGUGUCUGGGAGGGGAGGAGUAUGAGAUGGACUCGGAGAUCAACCGGCGCAUCUUAGCCACCACCAAGUACAUCAGCUACGGUGCGCUGCAGAGGAACACCGUUCCCUGCUCUCGCCGCGGCGCCUCCUACUACAAUUGCCAACCAGGGGCUCAGGCCAACCCUUACAGCCGCGGCUGCAGCGCCAUUACGAGGUGCAGGAGCUGA